AUUGUUUUGAAGGAUGCACACUCCCCAGCGGAAGUCGUCUGGAGCCAUGCUGAAUGUUUACACUCUCACAGAUCACAGCUGAAGAAGAUCGUGAGAAGUUGCUGAUCUCUGGGUUGUGGAGCUGGAUCCUCGCAUGUUGUGUUGUCCCAGUCUCCAGUGAUGAAACUGAAAGAGUUGGAGAGCUGUCUUCAGCAGGUGGACGGGUUUGACGAACCAAAGAUCCUUCUCGAGCAGUAUCCAACCAGUCCUCAUAUUGCAGCAUGCAUGCUUUACACUAUCCAGAACACAUUUGAGGACAUUGAGGGCAGACUGGUGGCAGAUCUGGGAUGUGGCUGUGGUGUCCUCAGCAUCGGAGCUGCGAUGCUAGAUGCAGGUUUGUGCGUUGGCUUCGACAUUGACGAGGAUGCACUGGAAAUAUUCAGAAGAAAUGCAGAGGAAUUUGAGAUUUCCAACGUGGAUCUGGUCCAGUGUGAUCUCUGCUCUCUGGACCCAGAUGCUUACGCCUCAAAGUUUGACACCGUAAUAAUGAAUCCACCGUUUGGGACAAAACACAACCAAGGGAUGGACAUGAAGUUCCUAAAGGCUGCUUUAACAAUGGCAAAGACAGCAGUGUACUCACUUCAUAAAACAACAACACGAGAACACAUACAAAAGAAGGCUAAGGACUGGGGAGUUAAGAUGGAAGUAAUCGCAGAGCUGAGAUAUGACUUGCCAGCAUCUUAUAAGUUCCACAAAAAGAAAUCGGUCGACAUCCAGGUGGAUUUCCUUCGAUUCUCCAAAGCCUGAAGCUUUCACUGGAAUGGAUUUAAGUUGUCUCUGCAUUUUAACUGUUUAUAAUAAAUGUUUCCACAAAAGAAAAAA